ACAUUAUGAAAAAGAAAUUACAUCCAAACCCGAACCGUACGAAGAAAAUAGGGGGGCCUAUAUAAAAUUAAGAAAUAUUGUACCUCAGACCACAGUUACCGCUAAUUCCUUUCAAAUGAUGAUCAAAACAUAGUCAUUUUCAAUCCUUUUGUUGGUCAACAUAACUUAAGUUGCCAUCUUGGAUGACGUUACCUCGUGCGAAGUUUGUGCAGGCUCCAUUCCACUUCACUACCGCUACACUACACUCCACCUACCCGAACUUCAGAAUUGUGAACUCGUUCGGAUACUCCUAGAGGCAAAGCAUGUGCUCCCUUGCUGAAGGACCGCCCCCUCCUGCAGACGGAUGUAUCACUGUCUGUGAAGAGAACGGAGAUUUGGUCACCAUUCAUGCCAGCAAUGCCCCUGUCAAUUAUACACCACGGAUUGCUGGUUUUGAGUACCCUAGCAUCAGCACCUCAACCGAGACCCUCUGCUCCCUGGCGACAGAUGAGGCAGCCCAGUCUGCCUUUCAACCUCAUGUUGAUGAAGUGUCGCUAUGGAAACAAGCUUGGUACACUUGCCGUGUUCAUGGUGUGACAGAGAUGCUGGACGAACUCUCUAAAAAUGACUCAGCUCCUUGGCCUAUCACCAUGCUUGCCUGUGGAUGUCGUAAUACAGUGACCUGGGCCAAUUCUUUCAGAGGCUCCCUUUAUCCUCAUUUGAUGCUCUCUCCUGAUGAGAUGAUCAAUGAGUUCAGUGCAGCCAAGGACUGGGAGGAGAGUGAGAUCAGAGCCUUUGCAUGGCAUCAACACACCAACAAAUGUGCUGUAGCCUGGAAGGAUAAUACUGUUAAGAUAUUCAUAUCAGGAAGUGAUGUAGUCCCAACACUGAAGCACCGUCACCAGAGGGGCGUGUCUUGCCUUGCAUGGAAACCCUUGUCCGCCACGGUAUUGGCCGUCGGUUGCCACGGUUGCAUCCUGAUAUGGCAUAUAGAUCCCAAUUCACAAUCUACCAGGCCAACAGCCAGUGCAGCCCAGGUUCUAUCCCACAAUGGUCAUGCACCAAUAACCUGUCUGAGUUGGGACCCUAGAGGGCGUCUUUUGGUUUCAUCAUCUCCAAGUGAUACUGCCAUACUGGUUUGGGAUGUCCCAAGAGAGGCCUGUGUGCCUUUAAGGCGGGCAGGUGGAGGUGGUGUCGCCCUCUUGAGGUACUCUCCAGACAGCUCCAAGCUCUUUGCUUCCUCUCCAUCUCAAGUAUUCAGAGUUUGGGAAACCAGAACAUGGACGUGCGAGAAGUGGACACAGUUGUCGGGUCGAUGUCAGAGCGCCUGCUGGAGUCCUGACGGUCGGUUCCUUCUCUUCUGUACAGAGAACGAGCCAGCCAUCUUUGCCCUGAACUUCAUUCACAGUGGAAGUAAAACGGGCGGGGCCGAGUCGGCCAUCAAGUGCGCCGAUGUCUCAGAGCUUGCCAUUGAUCGCGAUGGGCAGGAGACAAGGGUUGGUGGUUUGAUCCAGGACAUUGUAUGGGAUAACACGGGAGAGAGAUUGGCCGUCCUCUUCAAAGGCAACCCAGAAACGGGAAAUGCCGGUGAUCUCAUUGCCCUCUUCAACACCAGGUUAACACCUACGCUGCAACUCAUUCCCAGUGGUUUUAUACGAGGUGAGCCAGGGGAGGUUCCAGAGCUGAUCUCGUUCAAGCCUAACUUCAAUCGUGGUGCCCUCCUUACAAUUUGCUGGCACAGUGGCAAGGUGACCUUUGUCCCACUGCUCUUCAUACCCUCGUUUACAAUGGCCGAGAAUGGAGCGAUUCCGGCCCACUUUACACAAAAGAGCACCCCACUUCCACAAGAACUAUUCUCAGUGUCAAACUCAAAUAAGUGAAACUGAUUAGCUCGGUCUUAUGUGAUUUAAUGAGCGAUGCAAUGCCAGUCUUCCCAGAUCAAAGCCAGAGGUAAUGUGUAUGGAGUAUGCAUUCAUUCAUGAUGGACAAGCGAUAGAAGUCAACUGUGGCAGUCAGCGUGUCUCAACGAAGGACCAUAGGAUUUAAAACAUCUGCCCCAGAGUGAACUUCGUAGUUAAUAUAACAGUGCAUUUCAAGAAAAAGGUAAUCCAAAUCUAGAGGGCCGUUAUUCGGAUCAAAUGUAAUUUUGUGAAAUUAUUCUGCAUGGGUAUGAAUGACAACCUUGUUAUGUUCCUAGUAUAUAUGAGAUAUUUCUAAAAAUUCUACUAGAAUAUAGCACGCUUAACCCUAAAUCUCCCGGGGUAUUUUGAGUCUUGUCAUUCCCAAGGAGGGCCAAUAUGGCCCCCCUUAAGAUCUCAGCUGCGGAUUGUGCGAUCACAACAAAAAUUUGCAUGAUGGUAGAGAAUGAUGUAAUCUACGCAGUUGCAUUGGUAAAUUUCACUGAAUUCAUAU